AUGGAGACCAAAGUGGGAUCAGUGGACGGGGUGGCGAAGCCAGUGAGCAACGACGUGGGCGGGCUGCCGUCGGCGACGUGCCACACCCUCUCGCCGUCUGCGGUUGCCUGUUCCUCGGAUGCCACCCUCGGGCGCCACCUCGCCCGUCGCCUCGUCCAGUUGGGCGUCACCGACGUCUUCGCCGUGCCCGGGGACUUCAACCUCACCCUCCUCGACCACCUCAUCGCGGAGCCCGGCCUCCGCCUCAUCGGCUGCUGCAACGAGCUCAACGCCGGCUACGCCGCCGAUGGCUACGCCCGCUCCCGUGGCGUCGGCGCCUGCGUCGUCACCUUCACCGUCGGCGGCCUCAGCGUCCUCAACGCCAUCGCCGGCGCGUACAGCGAGAACCUUCCCCUGAUCUGCAUCGUCGGCGGGCCCAACACCAACGACUACGGCACCAACAGGAUCCUGCACCACACCAUUGGCCUCCCCGACUUCUCCCAGGAGGUGCGCUGCUUCCAGACCGUCACUUGCUACCAGGCGGUGGUGAACAAUCUCGAAAACGCUCACGAGCUCCUCGACACCGCCAUCUCCACCGCCAUGAAGGACAGCAAGCCCGUCUAUAUCAGCAUCAGCUGUAACCUUCCCGCCAUUCCGCAUCCCACGUUCAGCCGGGAUCCCGUUCCCUUCUUUCUCUCCCCCAGGUUGAGCAAUCAGAUGGGCUUAGAUGCGGCCGUGGAAGCCGCAGCUGAGUUCCUCAACAAGGCUGUGAAGCCGGUCAUGGUCGGAGGCCCCAAGAUCAGGGUAGCCAAGGCAGGCAAGGCGUUCGUGGAAUUAGCCGACGCGUGCGGCUACGCGAUCGCCGUCAUGCCGGCGGCGAAGGGGCUCGUGCCAGAGCACCACCCGAGGUUCAUCGGCACCUAUUGGGGAGCCGUCAGCACUGCCUUCUGCGCCGAGAUCGUGGAGUCCGCAGAUGCCUACGUCUUCGCCGGGCCUAUCUUCAAUGACUACAGCUCCGUGGGAUACUCCCUCCUCCUCAAGAAGGAGAAGUCGAUCAUCGUGCAGCCUGACCGGGUGGUGGUGGCCAACGGGCCGGCGUUCGGGUGCAUCCUUAUGAAGGAUUUCCUUCGGGCGCUGGCCAAACGCCUCAACUGCAACAAGACGGCCUACGAAAACUAUAGCCGGAUCUUCGUGCCCAGGGGGGCACCACCCGAAUGCCAACCCGACGAGCCACUAAGGGUGAACAUUCUGUUCAAGCACAUCCAAAACAUGCUGUCGAGCGCUACGGCCGUGAUCGCGGAGACCGGCGACUCAUGGUUCAACUGCCAGAAGCUGAAUCUGCCACAGGGAUGUGGAUAUGAAUUCCAAAUGCAGUACGGUUCCAUCGGAUGGUCGGUGGGAGCAACACUAGGAUACGCGCAGGCGGCCAAGGAUAAGCGUGUCAUUGCCUGCAUCGGUGACGGAAGCUUUCAGGUAACAGCGCAGGACAUUUCCACCAUGCUGCGGUGCGAGCAGAAGAGCAUCAUAUUCCUCAUAAACAACGGAGGGUACACCAUCGAGGUCGAAAUACAUGAUGGCCCAUACAACGUUAUCAAGAACUGGAACUACACCGCCUUGGUCGAUUCCAUCCACAACGGCGAAGGCAAAUGUUGGACGACAAAGGUGCAACGCGAGGAGGAGCUGAAGAAGGCAAUCGAGACGGCAACCAACGAGAAGAGUGAUUGCUUGUGCUUCAUCGACGUCGUCGUGCACAAGGAUGACACGAGCAAAGAACUGCUGGAGUGGGGCUCGAGGGUUUCUGCUGCCAACAGUAGGCCACCAAAUCCCCAGUGAUCUAUUGGCAAUCGUCAUGAACGCUUUCUAAUAAUGCUUC